ACUCUCCGUUGGUGUUUAAAUCUGGGCAUUCGGGAGGUGACUGUUUAUGCCUUCAGCAUUGAGAACUUCAAACGCUCCAAGGAGGAGGUGGAUGGACUGAUGGAUCUGGCAAGGCAGAAGUUCAGUCGUCUCCUGGAGGAACAGGAGAACUUGAAGAAACACGGAGUGUGCAUCCGUGUCCUUGGGGACCUGCCACUGCUGCCUGUGGAUAUUCAGGAGCUGAUUGCCCAAGCUGUGCUGGCAACUAGGAACUACAACAAAUGCUUUCUCAAUGUCUGCUUUGCAUACACAUCGAGGCACGAGAUCAGCAAUGCUGUCAGGGAGAUGGCCUGGGGGGUGGAACAAGGACUGCUGGAACCCAGUGAUGUGUCCGAGUCGUUGCUCGAUAAGUGUCUGUACACCAACAACUCCCCUGACCCAGAUCUCCUGAUCCGAACCUCGGGAGAGGUUCGCCUGAGUGAUUUCUUGCUCUGGCAGACAUCCCAUUCAUGCCUGGUGUUCCAAUCAGUCUUGUGGCCAGAAUAUUCCUUUUGGAACUUGUGUGAGGCUAUCCUUCGGUUCCAGAUGAACUACAGUGCUUUACAG